AUGGUUCAGACAUACUUUGUCUCUUCUAUUAUAGUCUCAGCAGUUUUGACUUUUGUAGGACUCAUUGUGAAUCUCUUCAUUGUAGUGGUCAAUUACAAGACUUGGGUCAAAAGCCACAGAGUCUCCUCUUCUGAUAGACUCCUGUUCAGCUUGAGCCUCACCAGAUUUCUUAUACUGGGACUGAAUGCUAUUUUCCUCAUCUCUCCAAAUAUGGGAAGGUCAGUCUACUUAUCCACCUUUUUUCUGUCAUGUUGGAUGUUUUUGAACUCUAACAGUCUUUGGUUUGUAACCUUGCUCAACGUCUUGUACUGUGUGAAGAUUGCUAACUACCAACACUCAGUGUUUCUCCUGCUGAAACGAAAUCUCUCCUCCAAGAUGCCCAGGCUGCUGCUGGUCUGUAUGCUGAUUUCUGCCUUUACCACUCUGCUGUAUGUUGUGCUCAGACAGAUAGCACCCCCUUCUGAAUUUGUGACUGGGAGAAAUGGCACAAUAUUUGACAUCAACGAGGGAAUCUCGUCUGUGGUAACCCCUUUGAUUUUGAGCUCAUUUCUCCAAUUCAUCAUUAAUGUGACUUCUGCUUCUUUGCUAAUUAAUUCCUUGAGGAGACAUAUACAGAAGAUGCAGAGAAAUGCCACUGUUCUUUGGAAUCCCCAGACUGAAGCUCAUGUGGGUGCUGUGAAGCUCAUGAUAUAUUUCCUCUUACUCUACAUUCCAUAUUCAGUUGCUACCCUGCUCCAUUAUCUCCCUUCUUCUUUAGGGAUGGAUUUGGGAGCCAAGUCCAGUUAUGUUAUUAUUUCUGCCAUUUACCCUCCAGGACAUUCUGUUCUCAUUAUUCUCACGCAUCCUAAACUGAAAACAGAAGCAAAGAAGAUUCUUUGUUUCAGUAAAUAG